CUCGUCGGGCUGGACGUGCAGUCCCCGCCAUCAUCACGAUGCGAGCGCCAUCGCAGGAACGGCCCAUACCUCAGUCUGGCACUCAAAAACUCUCGCCAACCCUCCUGAUUCAGAGAGUGGCUUGUUUCGAGAAUUAUCAGUCCGGAUGCUGAACUGUUCCUUCAGUCGAAAGAACCGAAAUAUUCGACGCUGUUCGCGCUUUGACUGGAGCGUAUAAGUCUUGGUCUUUGUUCUUUGCCGCUUGCUCACUUGCUUUCUUUCGCCUUUGCGCCCAUUCGCGGUUCGAGUCUCCAGCGCCUAUUCAUUCAAAAUGGAGCCCUUCACAUUAUCGAUAUCGCGACUCUUCGCAGCCAUUACGCUGCUCUCGCUCGGUCUGGUCAACGCUCACAGUAUCAUCACCUACCCCGGGUACCGUGGCAACAACCUACACACCAACGGCACCGUUCAGCAGUCCAACGGAUUGGGUGUUGCGUGGGAAAAUGGCUCAUACAUCUAUCCCUAUGGGAUGCAAUGGCUCUAUCCUUGCGGUGGUAUGCCCACGUCAACAAACCGCACCAAGUGGCCCAUCAACGGGGGUGCCAUCGCCCUCCAGCCGGGCUGGUUCCAGGGGCAUUCGACGGCUUUCAUGUACAUCAACCUAGGCCUUGGCACAGUCCCCCAGAACAUGAGUCUUCCUAUGCUCCCGGUUUUCGAGAUCACCGGCCCCAGUAACAAUCCCUACCCGGGCACGAUCUGUCUGCCGCAGGUGCCCUUGCCGGCCGACGUCACCGUCAAGGCUGGAGACAAUGCCACCAUUCAGAUUGUUGAGGCGGCCAAACAUGGUGCAGCGCUAUACGAUUGUGUGGAUAUCACGUUCGCCGAAGACGAUGAGGUCGCCGAGGUGACGAAAGACAAUUGCUUCAACUCGUCGACCAUCGGGUUCAAAUAUGUCUUUGCCUCGAGCUCGUUGACAACCACUUCCGCCGCCCCGGUGCAUGGUCCGAGCCGGGUGGCAACGAUUUUGAUCUCGCUGGCGAUGAUCCUGGGGGCAUGGAUUUUAUAAUGAAUUGAAGAUUGUUCGCGACUGUCUCUUUUGAUGUUCUCUUAUUCAAUCAUACCCUUUGGCCGCCACCGGCUUUCCUGUUGUUUUCGAAUUUGUGUU